GGGCGGGGCCUCCCGGUCACGAGCAGGGGGAACAUGGCAGCCCACUGAGGGGCGGAGCCAGCCCCCGCCGGGCGGGGCUCUUACCAUGCAGCGCCUCCAGCUUUUGCUGGGUGACCCAGUGGCCUAAUGGAUAAGGCAUCAGCCUCCGGAGCUGGGGAUUGUGGGUUCGAGUCCCAUCUGGGUCGUACCGCAGAUAUUUUGUGGCGCUGCGGUAGAUUCAGCGCAGAGGCUGUGCGGGCGAGCUACGGGCGACCGUUCUAACACUUUUAUCCGCGGCCGGCACCGGGGUGGAAGCCGCGAAGCGGAGCCGGGAGUCCCUGGACGGCCUCAGAUUCCCUCAGCCGCAACCGCCGCCCUGUCAGCGGGGCGCCUGCCCUGCCCGCCGGCACCGCGGCCCUCCCCCGGCGCCACCGAACCUGGUGCCGCCGCCGCCUUCCUCCUUCCCGCGGGGAUACUGCGGCCGCGGAGCGCUUCUGCCCGGGGUCCGGCUGCGGCAGAAGGACGAGGUGUGAGGCGAUCAGAGCAGAGGUGCGGGAUCCCUGCCCUAUGCUGGAAAAACCCAUCAGACUCUUAGCAAAGAUGCUUAUAGCUCAGCAGACACUGCACCAGGCCACGUCAAACUGCCAGCCUGGGGCCCCAGCAGUGCCAGAGAGAACCACACGGAACACUGGCUCCUGCCUCCUGCCAACCCGCAACGGCCAAAACCUCCUGAAAUCACCUUCCUCUCCUCAGACAAAAAGAAACGCACCAAACCUGUUCUAGAGAACAGCACAGGGCUGAGGAAACACCUCCUGCAGUAUGGAGGGGCCCUGCCACUGGAGAGCACGACUGAGGGGCCUUCUCCUGCCUCCUUUGGCUUCAACCACGCCAACAGAAAGCAGGCGGACAGGCGGCUGGCUGAGGCUGCCAACAGCGUGUCCGCUCACUUCCACCACGCAGCAUCUUCCUAUCACAAGAUGACAUCCUUAGUGGAGACUCAUCUUUUUCCAGACUCUGGAGCAGUGGAGGCAGGUGAUCCUAAUGCACUGGAUCACUUCAACCGACCAGGCAAGAUAAUCCCCUAUAAACAUACCGAUCCCUUCAAAAAGAUCGCCAAACCCUCCUGGGUCACCAACCGCCAGUCACCCAGCUUGCUGUACCACCUCAGUGCGCUGAAGAGAGAUGGUGAUAAGGAGAAGGCAUGUCUGACCGAGUGCAGGAAGGAGAGAGAUGAAGUGGAGGCCUACUGCGCGAGUGAGUUCGCAGUGAAUGGGAUUGUUUAUAACAUGGAAAGGCUGGGGAACGGCAUCCACCUGAUCACGCUUCUAGUGAACAGCGAUGGAUUGUACAAGAUGAGUCGCCUCUAUACUACUCCUGAUGCCUUCUUCUUUCGAGUUCACAUUCUAGUUGUGGACACUUUAAACUGCAGUAAACCAUGUCUGGACUUGAAACUUGGCAGCAGAUACAUCGUGAUGGGUCAGAUCUACCACAAGAGACGGCAGCUCCCUGCAGACCUGCGGCCGUUCCUGCGAGGGUGCCUGAGCCCGGGCGAUGGUUUGCUUCAGAGCGGCAGCAGCUACGUGAAGAGAUUCAACAGGAAGAGGAACCGCAAGGUGCAGGCGGCUCACACCAAAUGCAGAUAAGGCUUCAGUAACCUCCCUCUGACAGGCAGCAGCAGAAUUCACCAACCAGAAUAAACCUGGCCAUGGGUUAGCAACAGCAGAAAGUAGUUAUCCUUAUGUAUGAAACUGGUUGCGAUGGGACACUUGCUCUUGUGCUUUAGCAGACACUAACGGAAUACCUUGACUAGGUACCCACGUAUUGUGAAGUUUAGCACAAAAAUCCGUCUAGGGAACACUAAUUUGCUCCAUCUGUUUUCAGAGGUUGUUACUGCCUCCCCCACUGUAAUGUACCCCUAAUAAUCUGUUGUAAUUGUAAAGUAAAAUUCUGGAGGUGGUGUUCUAGGUACACCAGAAGUAACUGCAGUUUGACACCCUUAACCUUGAACAAAUGUUAGAUGAUACCACAGCUUUAGCUGUAGAGGAUGUCCGUAGUGUUUUCACACAACUCUGCCUAAAGCAUGACAAGCAUUUGAGCCAGAAGAAACCAACAAACCCAAACACCACUUGUAUUGUUUUGGUAUCCCUAAACAUGUCCAUGCUACUUUUGAAAACCACAUCAAUUCUUCAGACAGAGCUGGAUUUUCACAUGAAGCAUACAAAAUAGCUAUGUAACUGUAUGAAUACACUAACUGAGAGCAAAUCAAGUAACUGCCCAACACAAAUGCCCAAUUAGGCUUACAAGUAACGGCGCGAGUUCAUGCCAAGGAAAGCAACAUGGGCACAACUGCACGCCUGGUUACGCUGUCAGUUCCUUAAAACUUCAGUCCUAGAACCGUGCACUCAAUGUCAUUUUCCCAUGAGAAGUAUUGCUGAGUUUGUACUUUCACAUCAGUAAAGUUACAUUUUGAAUCAGAUCCCAUCUUUUAGUACCUUUAACGGGGAGGGAUGUAAGAACCUAGGAAACUGCUGCAAAGGGGCUCCUGACGUUUGCUGUCCCAAGAGACAGUAUUCCCAAAUUGUGAAGUCUUGAAAAGAAACUAAUAAGAUGUUUUUGAGGUUCUGGAAGAUCCAAAAAGUUUAUGCAAUGAUAUUAAACAAAGGCAUCUCCUCACUUUGCAAGUUGGCUGGGGAUUCUGAGAUAUGUAUUUUUAUAUAAAAAUGGGAAAAUGCAGUCUAGCUGAAUAAAAACCCAACCCCAUAUAGUGACAUGUAUGGUAUGACCUGGAAAAGGAAGCAGUGGCUUCUACAAGCAUUUUCUGCUUUGAAGCAAAGGUAGCUCUAACUCAGUUCUACCUACCACAUACAUCUGCAGCUCGAUUUGACAUCAAUACAAAGCUAUGGAGCAGUGCACGGGCAGUAAGUCACAACGUGUGACGUGUUUCUAUACAAGCCAAAUACCUAAGAGCAAGCAUCAUGUAUUUUGGGACCUAAAAAGCUGUUACUACAGGACAGAAAUUUACUUGUAGCUUGCGCCUAUCAAAAAAAUACACUCUCUCACUUUUGUUACAUGCAAGAUUUUGCAAGAAGCGCAGCGUAUAUAGAUGGAAUUUUCCUGAGAGAGACUUUGAGGGGGCUCUGUUUGGCAGAACAACCGUCCCUGGCAAUGAAUCAAAGCACUGGAGUGGACUGGGAGGGACAGGAGAAGGAAGGAGGAAGGGUUAUGUGCGCAUCUCAAGUUUCUUUGUUUCUGUUUUCCACUGAAGUCCAGGGACUAACCAGCAAGUUCCUGCAGUCAUCCCUUUGCCCUGAACAGCCAUUAAGCACCACUCCCCACCCCCAAGACAUUACUGUAAUCUAAAACAGGCAAAGCGUGGGUACAAGAAUAACAUCCAUGGCUGUAUCUCGUUUUGAUUGUCUUUUGCAAGAGAUAAAUAGAAGGAGAUUAGGACGGAUGACAUCCAAAGCCCCAGUAAAAUGCCAGUAACUGACACACGAUGUCUGCACCAACCUCCAACACAGCUAUUGCUCUAGAAGCAAAAGAAAACCAAGCUGGGAUAGUUCAUAUUACCACAAUCUGUGUUAUAUAUGUGACCAUUUUGAAACAAUUGCUGCAGUAAUUUAUAACAAUACAAAGAGGAGCAUUACGGAAUAGAGAUGACAAAACUUUGGAACUUACCACGCUUUUGAGGAAAUGACGUAUUUUCAGUGACGCCACUUAGCUAUAAAAGAUCACCACUAAUAAAUCAAGAAAUGUCCCCCAAUUUACUCACUGGCAAUUGAAAACACUAAAACCAGGCUCUUGGCACAAUUACAUGGUAUGUACGGAUUACUUCCCUGAUCAACCUGAUUCACUGGAAGCUAUACAUCAUCUGGCAAAGCCAAGACCUAUACAUCAUUAUGAAAUGUUUCAUUAGAAACGCCACCAAAUCCAUGUCAAACACAUCACUUUAUUUGUCUAGGAUGACGUGUCCUAUAAGGUACAAAAACGUACUCUUCAGUUUGCCACAAUUUGUUAAAAACAGCCAUCUAAUGCCUACAGGUAGGAAAGUUUCAAAUCAAGUCAUAGAGAUUUAUAGAUGAAUAAAUAGUACAGAAAUACUGUGAUGUUCUGAUGAGAUGCAGGGUAUGUUCAAAUGCUGUUAAAAGUUGAGAAUUCCCCUCGUUGCAUUAAACCCACAAUGCGUACAAUAUGCAGCAUUUCUGUUAAAACGCCAAAGGACAACAGAACCUAAAUGCAACUACUCUUCUUUAACUCCAAGAAGCAUAAAUGGAUUAUUGUUUCCACAUUGAACAGUUAUUUUUCAUUUCCACACAGAGGUUAAAUGACAACAUUUGUAUGUACAAAAACACGCGGGUUUUUAUUAGAUAAAAUUACCCAGAAGAACCUGUACACCUGAGCCUGGAAGUGUAAGAAAGUGUGGUCAGUAGCAACGUCUUUUUAAGAAAGAUAACAGAAGAGGUUCUUGCAUAGCAAGGUGUGAGGUUAAACCCGAAAGGAGCUUAUCCAUAAAUCAGGCAAAUCCCAGGUCGCUGUAGAACAGAAGUCAGCUGUGAGUUAGUGCAAAAGCUAGUCGAAUGGUCCAAGAGCCGCAUACAACCCGUGGCUGAUAACUACAGACAGGUCAAACGCGCAAGUCAGUGACAGACGCAACGUGAAAGCAAUAGAUGGGAAGGAGAAAAGCAACAUCAUCAGCAGGUUGCAUCUUGUGCUGCCUUCCCUCUGCCCCUCUCGGCAGCUCUCCUCGCACAGGAAGCGGUGGAGCAGCCCCAGAGCAGAUACAAUUACACGUGGUGCUUCACGUUCCUACAGCGCUUGGCAAAGUACCACCAAUGCAGCGGUGGGCAGUGACAUUUCACACAGUACUUCCUACCACGUUAUCUGUUACAGGAAUUUUGGCACCACUAGACAUCUCCUAGAGGGAUGACAGCUGCUUUGGAAUGCAACGUAGUAAACGCUCCCCUCGGAGCAGAAUAAAGUCAAGAUCUCCCUGGUUACUCCCACCCCUACCACUUCGCAGUGUCUACACUUCCGAACAGAUCCCCAAAGUGUUACAAACGUAUUAGUGCACACGCAAAGACACCUACAUCUGUGGGGAGAACAAUUAUCUCCAUUUAUUUUGUUUCAUAUACAUCCAUAUUUUGAAUUUUAAUACAAAAGAAAAAAAAUUAGAAUCUGACAAAUGUUUACAAACAAGAUACCUUCAAAUAGAUUUUACUCAUUUCAGUCUGGUGCAGAGUAAAUGACAAAUUGUACUGUUAUAUUCAAGGCAACAGAGUCUGUAGUCCAUGACCACUUAGCCCAACUUUUAUGCAAGCUUAAUUGUUUUUAUCUACCAUGAACGAUAAACUCAUUGUUGAUUCCCAGUUCUGUGUGUGUGCACAUGUGUACAUAGCAGCUCCUUUCAUAGAAAGAAAAGACAUCUAGAGGUCUUCUUGUACUUUUACCUACAGGAAUCAUGUUAAGAUACAGAAUGGAUUACAUGUAACCGGGGCUGGAUUUUAUAAGAAAAAAUAAUUAGCUGACAAAUGAGGGCAGCAAUAAAAAAGCGUCUUUUUUGCAACAAUAAAUAAAUACAGUCAAAGUUUUCUGUGUGGACUUUAAACCAGCUUCUUCACUGAAGAACAGACGUGGCAUUUCCAUGGAGUUAAACGUGACCCCAUUUACUGUAUCUUUUUUCUUGCUCUCUUUCUCUCUCUCCUUCAACAAAACCAAGUUUUCCUGCUUCUGCCACAAUAGUACAACAAUUUGAUCUUGACAAGAAAGUGGUGCUGCUGAUUUUUAUCUCUUUGUCCUUUGGACAAAAUAAGCCAAGAAUAUAAUCUGACUGUUGUGACCAAUAAAAACGCAGUUUACAUCAAGUCUCGUCAGGAUAACCUGACUAAAAACAUCUGGCUUCUUAAUUAAAAACUUUCAGACAACCAGAUUCUUGCUCGGGUGUGUUAGGUUAAACACGCUGAACUCUAAGAAGCUGUAGACUGCAGUUUGUUGUUAUGGGACCUGCAGAAUGCAGAAGAAAGUGAAGAAUUAAGCACCCUUCAUUUUGGAGAACACAGUUGCUGCAAGGCGUCACCAGGGGCAAAGCACAAUGAGGGAAUUACCAUCACGUUGCUUCCGUUUAGUUUUUUCCCCUUCAGAAAAUGAAAGAACACUUCAAAUAAUUCUCUCUGAAUUUUAAGCACAAUUUCUCCUCCAGUACACAAAUAUCUCAGUACUUGUAAAAUGCAGUUUUGGAAUAUUCCAAAAUGCCUGAAAUCAGUUUUCCUCUCGUAUUUACAUAACAGUAGUCCAUCAAAAAGGAAAGCAAAAUACCAUUUCUAAUUGGGAAUAUUUAUAAUAAUGUAUUCUUUGCUUAAAUUUAUUCAGGAAGUCUUUGGAUCGACUGAAUAGAAAGAACUGAAGAGGCCUGUUAAAAAUCACAUCUUUGCUAAUCAGAGUUCAGCAAAACUCCUCUUUGACAUUCACAGUUUUAUUAGUGACUGAAAAUAAAACAAUAAAAUACACGGUUUCCAAGGUGAGUUUUUCACUUCUCUCCAUACAGUAUUUGAGGAAUGGGACAUUAGUUUUUGUUAAUACAGUUCUGUUCACCAGCACGACUGCUGGUAACGAAAACCCAACAGCAUUUACUUUUUGAGACAAAUGAUCUGGAUUUUUAGGGCAGUUUAACACCAUUGAAUUGUACAAGAAAAGAAAGUGACCCCAACAUCCAGUUCUGAUUCCAGUUAAAAAGUUCAGACUAAAGAUAUCACAAUCUGCAAGAAAAGAAAGAACAUGGAUGGUAUAAAUGAAAAACAAUAACAAAUCAGAUGCAGCAAUGAAAUUAGUGGAUGCUGGAUAACCAGCUAAAGCAAGGUGAAUGAAACAUGAGUUGAAAGCUACCUGAUAAAAAUCAUUAAUGCAGUAUUAAAUGGGAAAGAAAAAUGGUAGAGUGAUUAAUUUUAUCUCAUCCCUUAUCAUCAACCCUACCCUUGUUGUGUAUAGAAAACCAGACAGCUUCACAACAACGGGUGUAGAAGCAAUGAAGCUUCCAGUUUAAUUAAUUCCAGAUGGAUAUAAUCCUGCAUGAGUACCUUAGACUAGCACUCUGCUAUGGUAUUGACUGCUACAGUUGCAUGGACAAAGUUAACUACUACACAUAUACAGUUUCUAAGUAAUGCUGAAAGGCAUCCAACAUUUGUGACUCAGUCACAGCUGGCUUGUGUUGGAACACAGCAGUGAUCCAGGAGAAAUCUGCAGAUUCCGUUAGUGUUUGGAGUAAGCUGGGUUUAGGAACAGCUGUAGUAAAUACCACGUUAGAAUUUGACUAGUGCUGUACAACUCCCAUGUACGUGCCACUAGACGGAACAGGCAAGCAACAGGAAAAUGUGUAGUGGAGUUGCAUGUUCUUUUUCAGGCAUGUCUAUUUAGGGAAAAAUCUACAUCCAUCCUUCUACAG